AUGGAUCAACUUAGACAAGUCGGGGAGGCUCUUGGUAGCCUAAAGGCUCUAACCGUAUUCAAAGACGACAUUCAAAUCAACAGGAGACAAUGCUGUUUCCUCCUAGACAUGUUUACCUUAGCCUUCGAGGCUGUCUUGGACCAGAUUCGACAAAAUCUAAGACCCGAGGAGAAGAACGCGACGAGGUGGAAGGCACUGGAGAAUCCGUUGAAAGAGCUUCGUAACGUCUUCAAGGAAGGGGAAUUGUAUGUCAAGAAUUGCUUGGAUUUCAAAGAUUGGUGGGGAAGAACAAUCAGUCUUCAUCAAAGCAAUGAUUGUGUGGAGUUUCAUGUUCACAAUCUACUUCACUGUUUCGCUGUCCUCGUCGAGGCUAUUGAGACAGCGUCGGAGAUGUCGUUUGGUAAGAAUGAUGGGGAAUGGAAUGAUCCAAAUCUCUUUCGGUUAAAGUAUGGGAAACAGUAUCUUGUUCCUAGAGAAGUAUGUCGUCGGUUGGAGAGUGUUUGGAGGGAAGAUCAAUGGUGUCUGAUGGAAAUCAUCAAGAAGCAGCAGAAGAAGCAGCAGCUUUCAGCUUUGUUGUUGAAGAAAUGUGAGAAGCUUCUGCCUAGUUCUAUUCUAACUGGCGCGAACGAUUAUCAAGUGAAACGACGGUUAGGGAGCUGUUGCAAGGAGAUUCAAUGGCUCGGGGAGAGUUUCGCGGUUAAGAAGUACUACGGAGAGAUCGAUGAAUCUAUGGAGAAGGAGAUUUGUAACGUAGUCUCUCUUUCUCACCCGAAUAUACUGCAAUACCAUUGUGGCUUUUGCGAUCAGGAUAAGAAGGAAAACUUUCUAGUUAUGGAGCUGAUGACCAAGAGUCUGGACUCUUAUAUCAAAGAGAAUUGCGGGUUGAGAAAACGAGUCCCGUUCUCUAUCUCAUCCGCGGUUGAUGUCUUACUUCAGAUCGCUAGAGGUGUCGAGUACUUACAUUCUCGGAAGAUCUAUCACGGAGAACUGAAGCCAUCCAAUAUCCUCCUCAAAUCCACAUCAGAAGUUAGUUUUCGCGUAAAGAUCAAGGGAUUCGGUCUGAAUUCGAUUAAGAAACAUGCAUACCGGAAGACCUCUAACGAAAACAGAGAUGAAGACGCUAUCAUAUGGUUUGCCCCGGAAGUUAUUGGAGAUCAAGAUCAAGAACAAUUCAAGUAUACUGAAAAAGCAGACGUCUAUAGUUUUGGGAUGCUCUGCUUUGAGGUUCUGACUGGAAAAAUCCCUUUCGAGGAAGGUCAUCUGCAAGAAGACAAGAAAGGACGAAACAUUUGCGCAGGAGAGAGGCCUCUGUUCCCGUUUACCACCCCGAGGUACCUUGUGAACUUUACUAGAAAAUGCUGGCAAGCCGAUCCAGUUCAACGCCCAAGUUUCCCGGGUAUAUGUAGGAUUCUACGAUACGUGAAGAAAAACCUUCUCGUUAAUCCUGAAUCUCUGCCGCCAUUGGUCGAUUACUAUGAGAUUGAGUCGGGGUACUCAAAGUUGUUUCCUCCAAACCAUGAAUCAGUUAGUUAUGUUCCUUUCCAGAUGUUUGCUUAUAGAGCCGUUGAAAAGGAAAAGACUCCUCGGACUGAAGGAGAUGUUGUUGUACCUGAUGAAGACCACCUGUUGGGAAGUGCGGACAAGACAAAGAUGAAAUCUUUGUUGCCACCAAAGCCUGAGAAGAGAAGAUCGCCUUCGAGUUCAUCCGCAACUGCAGAUGAUCAGAGAUCGAACGGUUGGGAAACACCUGAAAGAAGAGAUUCUCCGCCAUUAGCAGCUGCUUCGGAGAUUACUGAAGAUGAAGCUGACCAUGAUCAUCCAAAGGAAAAGGUUUUGCCAUCCGGAGAUGAGAUUCCAAAGAAGACUUCACUGAAGAAAGAAAUAAACCCGAAGAAGAAUCUUCUUGAAUUAUCAAAAGGGAAAGCGCUGCUCAAAAAGAAAAUCAUACUGGAUGCAAAGGCCAACAACAACAAAAGCCCAGGAAAGAUAAGUGGGUAUUCAUCGUCAGAAUCAUCAUCCAAAAGAUCUUCCGGAAACUCACCAAUGUUAAAGCCUUGCAAGCAGUGUUUGAGGUUGAAUAGAGAAUGUCGGAAACCAUCAAUGAUGAGCUCCAAUAAAAUUGGAAUACCUGAUUCUAUGAUACACUCUUAUGUUACAAACUCCCGAGUGGUUCCCGCAAGAUUUUACCAUUUGUAUGCAAUUGCAGCCACAAUUGCAGCCUCUCCUUGGAGGUGUCAUAAGCAAACACUCUCUUUGCACUGGACCAUCGACUUUUCCCAGAUUCAAGAGCCAGAAUUACUUACUGGCUUCCCAUCAGGUUGGCAGUUGCAUCUAGCAAUUAUGGUGGAUUAA